CCCCGCCAUUGACAUACAACUGCGGAACCUCCGCACCUCUGCCUCCUGCUUUUCUAAGCACCCGACUUCAAACAACGCCUGCUGCGACAGACAACAUGGCGAAGCAGACGCUCCACGGGUCCUGCGCAUGCGGCCGCAACCGUUACGUGGUCGAGAUUCCCGUCCAGCAGGCGCAACUCGCUGAAUUGCGAUACGACAAUACCUCUGCAUCGCGACACCACUCUGCGAGCCCGCUCACGCUCUGGCUACGCGUGCCACUUGAUUGGUACACGUCUGCAACCUUCGCGCAGUUUCCCGACGAGACCCGGUCGAGCAUCCAGCGAACCUUCGUCUCGCCAUUCGCCUCCAACACGCGUCGCCAGUUCUGCGGAUACUGCGGCACACAACUCUCCUCGUGGCACGAGCGGACGCGCGACGACGCCGAGCACAUUUGCCUCACCGUGGGCAGCCUGCUGGACGAGGACCAGGCGCUGCUGAGCGAAUUGGGAUACCUGCCGAGCGGGGAGAGCAGCGAUGAGGACACCGCCGUAGCUGGGCCAUCACGGCAGACGCGUGCGAUAGUACGGUCAGAGCCGCACCCGCGGGGCUCCCCCUGGUUCGAGGAGAUGGUAGAGCACACGAAGCUGGGCCGCUUCAAACAACAGCGAGGUGGGCACACGUCUCAGGACGGUAGCAUCAAAGUCGAGUGGGAGGUCAUGGAGUGGACAGAGGCUGACGAUGCAGACGACGAGGGCUCCGCUACACCCGGCAAGAGGAAGAUCGGAGAGGUUGAGGUUGAGGACACGGAGAUGCGGACCGUGUAAGUCGCAUCAUGAUGGCUAUCAUGACUAGAAUAGGGUGCUCACGCUUCAGGAGGACGAGGACAAAGGUAUCGCAAUGAGGACGGACGCGGGCCAGGCCAUGGAGUUUACGGUGAUUUUAGGCGUGCAGAGUCACGAAGCGUACAUGCUCGC